CUUUUUUUUUCCCAACAAUUUUCAUGUCUUUCAGUUCACUCGCAUUCAUUCGACAGUGCAGACCUGAUGCAAGGAAAGUCGACGACAUAAUUUCCCCGCCAAACAAUAUAGCAGCGCAAAAUGACUGACUCUUUCAAUAUCCGCAAGAACGGCCGCACGAGCAAGGCUGAACUCCUCACUCUGGCUGCAGAGAAGAACCACUCGUUCAUCUUCAAGAUUGGCAACAGCUGGUUUGAAAGCUGCAAGGAUCACGCUGCUUUUACCGAGGAUUAUGAGAAGCUUAAGUCCAACCAGAAGUGUCACAUGGAGGUGGUGCUCGCUGGCAAGCCAGUCAAACCGUAUUUUGACAUUGAGCUGAAGCGUAUUGAUGAGCGUUUUGACCAAGCUGAUGCUACUGGAAAGGUCUUCUAUUGGAUAAAGGAGUCAUUUGAGAAGUAUUACAACGUAAAGAUCAUGAAGAAAGACAUCGCUGCUUGCGAUGCGUCGAACGAAUCCAAGUUUUCACUUAGGGUUAUCAUUAACAAGGAGAACGUUUAUUUCAAGGAUAAUGCGACCCAGCAGGAGUUCAUCCGCAUUGCUAUUCAGGACGCUGAUGAGUGCGUGAAGAAGAUGGUUGACUGCGGUGUGUAUGACAAGGAUCGUGCGAUGCGAGUGUGCGGAAGCUUUAAGGAUGAAGAUGGUUCGUUUGUUCGCCCGUUUAAAAGUAAGACUCCCAAGCACGGUAUGUCCAGCUUCCUCAUCACCAACCCGGUUGGAACGACGCCUCUUCAAUCUGACACUAUCGAUGCACUCACUGCUGAAGCUGCCGAGAAGCGAGCACAACAGAGAGCUGCCCGCCAAAUUGCGCGAGGAUCUGAACGCCAGCUGAAGCACUGGUUUGAAGAAGCUGAAGAGAUCCUGAUGGAUCAUCUUGGACCUGAGUACUACAAUGACUACCAGAAGUGGUUUAAUGUGCUGGCUGUGAUUAAAACUGUGUUUGGCGACACUGCCGAAGCGUAUGAUUUGUGCAAGCGCUUUUCAGCGCAGGCUGGCAACAAGGAGUGGGACGAGAAGUUUGAUGGUUUCUGGGAGCGUAAUUUGUGUGCUGACAAUGGCUGGACGAUGAAGACGCUCUACAAGAUGGUCGGCGGUAGUUCGAAGUUGAAAUGCAAUGAGAAGGUUAUCAACAACCUGGGUGAUGACCAGCGCGACGCAGAGCUGCUGGCUAUGCUCCUUGAGGAUAGACUGACGUCUGUUAGUGUUCAGGAGAAGGAGGCGGAGUUCUACCUCUAUGAUGAAGCAGAAGCGCUGUGGAAAAAGAAGGUGUCAACCCAGAUGAAUGUGCUUGUUAGUCAAACGAUGCAGAAGUACCUCCAGGGUUGGAUUGAUGAGUAUAAGUGCAAGAUUAGUGAAGCGAGUCAGCUGGCCGAGGAGAAGAUUGACCAAAAGACACGAAAGAAAGCAGCUGCCAUCACUCACAAGCUGCAGACAUUGCUGUAUGAUGCGCAGUUCAAGGUCAAGCUUGAUUCUGCUGAGAAUUUGCUGCCGAUUGCCGAUCGCAAGGUUGUCGACCUGACCAAUGGUGAAGUGCGUGACCGGAUGAAAGAAGAUUACUUCAGCCUUGCGCUUAGUGUGAGUUAUGAACCAGGCAAGGGAACAGCUGUUGCUGACAAGUUCUUCAGCGAGAUUAUGCUGGACCGAGCUGAUCGCAUUGAACAGCUCCGACUCUCGCUUGGUUACUCGCUAUUCGGUCACAAUAAAAGCAAUCUGAUGUUCUUCCUCUAUGGUCCGGAUGGUAGCAACGGCAAGAGUCUGCUGCUGAACAUUCUGACUGAGAUUGUUGGAGAGUUCCGCGCAACGGUUGAUCCAUCAAUCAUUAUCGGCAAGACCCGGUUGGAUCAGAGUGCCAGUCCAUAUACUAUGCAAUUGAUUGGUAAGCGUUUGGGUUUUAUGUCCGAGUUGCCCGAGGAAAGCGUGUUGAAUGAAGCAAUGGUGAAGCAAUUGACUGGCGCCGAUGUGAUGACUGCUCGCCAGAACUACGGUAAUGCGUUUGAGUUCUCUUGCUAUGCAAAGAUGCUGCUGGCUACAAACUAUCUGCCGAAUAUGAAGGAUUCACCAUCUCUGUGGAGGCGUGUCCGGAUGGUCAAGUUUGACGCAUGUUUUGUGGAGAAUCCGACUGGUAGCCAGAAGAAGAUUAACGUGAACUAUAUGAGGGAUAUUGCCAAGCCCAAUAUCAACCAGUUCUUCACCUGGAUGGUCAACGGAGCGAUUGAGUACUCCAACAAGGGUACUAUCGAAGUUCCAGCUGAUAUUACUGCUUUCAUCAAAGGGUUGAGGUUGAAGAGCAAUCCGGUCAAGCUGUUCAUUGAUAAAUGUGUGGUGUUUGACAAGCCUGAUGCAUCGCAGGCUGUGAAGCGAUCAGACAUUUAUGGCA